AUGCAGAUGAUGCUUUUGCAUCCUGCUGCUUAUUGCUUCUGUUGCUGCAAACCAGUUGUCGGCAUUCCCUAAGCUCUGAUUGCAGCAGUCCUCUGCUGACCUCACAGGCCCACUUUGUCGCACUCACCGUCUCUGACACUCUCUGGAAGUUUGUGUCCCCUUUUGUCAAACCCUCUAGCUCCAUCACAACCAUCAGCUAUAUUAGCUCUAUCUUCCUGAUCAUUCUCCCGCAUUCUUCGGUUAGCGCCGCUGCAGUCGAGUGUUGCAGUCCAGCACGAGGGGGCGUGUUGGUGUCGGUGUGUGGGCCGCUGCUGUGACCUUGAACUUGGAGCUGGGGGCUUGUUGCACGCCUACUACUCCUGCUUGAUUGAGUUUCACCCCAGAAAUUCGCAGAUAAGAAGGAGAAUGGGAGUAUGGUAUGCUUUCGAGGGGGAGGAAUGCGUGCAAGAGGUGCCACGGACAGGGAGGAGGAAGUUUGCCUGUGUAACAGGCAGUUGGAGUCUCCUGGGUACUUGGCUAGUACGCGUGCUUUUGGACAAUGGCUACAAUGUGCGCUUCACUAUCCGCACCACCGUUGAUGAGGCUGCUGCUUUGAUGGCCUUGCCUGGAGCCAAGCAACGCUUGGACCUGGCUCAAGCUGACAUAAUGGACUAUGGAAGCCUUAUGGAAGUAUUCACAGGUUGUGACGGUGUGUUCCACACCUCAUCACCCAGCGACCUUGUCUCAACUUACCCACCCGAGAUGGUAGACUUCGAAGUACGUGGGACGUUGAACAUUGUGGAGGCAUGUGCAAAUUCCUCCGUGAAGAGAUUAGUACUAACUUCCUCACUUUCUGCCAUGGUUUGGGAUCAACAACGGCACCCCGAGAAGGUCAUCGAUGAGAAAUGCUGGAGCAACGUAGACUUCUGCCGCUCCAUGAAGCUCUGGGGUCCACUAGCCAAGACUAUGUCCGAGAAAGCAGCGUGGUCACUAGCGAGAGACAGAGGGUUGGAUAUGGUUGUCAUCAAUCCAGCUAUCGUUCUGGGCCUCAAAAUGUUCGGCACAACCCAAUGCAUCUUCACUUAUCUCAAAGGUGUGAAGGAGCUUCCUCAAAGUGGUCUAUUCGCAUACGUACACGUCGAGGAUGUUGCCAAGGCUCACGUCUCUGCGUUGGAAGCAACAGAUGCAUCCGGUCGCUAUAUCUGUUUUGAGGACGUUGUCAGUGAGGAGAAGCUUGUGGACCUAAUUCGUAAACUCUACCCAGGCAGCUCCAUUCCCUCCAGAUUUUCGAAGAACGGAAUUGCACAUGUGAUAUCAAAUGAGAAAUUGAAAAGUCUUGGAGUGGCAUUCCCCGCUCAGCAGAAGAUUCAUUAACGUUAGGCUAUUUGUAGCGGCCGUGAGAAUCAAAUCAUCCGUCACCCAUUAUUUCCAAUCCAGGGGGAGGGAUAUGUCCAUUUACACACCUUGUUGAGGGUCAACAAUUUGACCUUGACAGGAGUCCUUUCACAUGUGAAUAACAACACUGGUUUUUGUGAUGUACACCUAUCCUAUGAGGCUUGACAUUGCACCUCAUUGAUGUGAUGUAACAAACGGAUGAUGCCACUUAAGGAGGAAUGAAUUUCUGA